AUGCCUUAUGAUGCAGUGCGCAGGCUGAAAGCAACCUGGAAUGAUGGGCAUCAUCUGUUAGAUCAGCUAUCUCGUCUUCUCCGCCGACAAAAUGCCCCGUACUCCGCCCUGUGGUGUGGAUCUAUAGUACUCUGCGUCAUGAUUGCUAUUUGCAUCGCUCUCAGCGCAGAAUUUGGGCCAUCACAUAACGACAGCGAGGCUAGCGCGAGAGGCGCCGUUGCCUCUGUCCUCCUCUAUUCGAUAAGCUAUGCUAUCUUCUUUAACGCCAUGGUUUGGACUAAGGGUAUGGAUCUCGCUGUGGCGACCAAGGCCAUCGUGACCAUCGUUGCCAUCGUUGCCAUCGUUUUGUUAUAA